UUAAAUGUAAAAAUUGCGAGAUCAAAAUAUUAUUUAUAUUUUUUAAAUACUAUUGUAAAUUGCAGUUAUAUAAUUAAUAGUUAAUACUAAAAUGAAAAAAUGAAUGCAAUAAAAUUGUUUGUGCAACGCAGAUAUCCCAGUUUCCUAGUUUAUCGUACUGCCACUACAAAAAAGAAAAUACAUGAUCCCCGAGAAGAGGAAAAGUUACCAAUUUUUCAAUAUCCAGUAAGCAAAAGUUCUGAUAGAAGAGUUUAUGUAUGGGGAUUAGCAGAAACUGGUGCUCUCGGCAUACACAUGCCGAGGAGCAAGAAGACAGGCAAGAAAUCUUACAGAAACAACUUUACCUUUGUCACAUAUCCAAAGAGAUCUAGCUUUUGCGAAAGAUUUGAUGUCACAAAAAUUGCUUGUGGUUAUGGAUUCACAGUGGCAGCAGUCAAAACAAGUGAGCAGCACAAAGUUUUUGGGACUGGCAUCAAUACAGAUUCACAGAUUGGUUAUCAUGCACCUAGGAUUGGUAAACCUUUGGAAAUGUUGCUAAGUCCUGCACCAAUUUAUAUACCAUAUAAUUCAUUAGAGACCAAGAUUACAGGACUAGCAGCCGGUAGAGCACAUACUCUUAUACUGACUGAUAAUGAAGGUGUCUAUACAUUAGGUAACAAUGCAUAUGGACAAUGUGGUAGAAAAAUAAAUGCUAAUGAGGAAUAUAGAGGCAGUAUGGCUUCCCAUAACAUAAAAAGGCUAGGAAAGGAAAAAAUUAUUGACAUUUGUUGUGGACAAGAUCACAGUCUCUUCAUUACAGAAUCAGGAAAAGUAUAUUCAUGUGGGUGGGGAGCUGAUGGUCAGACAGGUCUUGGCACAUAUGAAAAUCAAGGCUUUCCAGCUGCUGUUAAGGGAGACAUUACUAGUGAAAAAAUAGUCAAAGUUGCUUCUACUGCUGAUUGUGUACUUGCAUUGAAUGAUAAAGGUGAACUUUUUGGAUGGGGAAAUUCAGAAUAUGGACAGGUACCAAUGGCUACAAAUCAGCAACAAGUAAACAUGUCAUAUGCUUUAGUUAAAUUUACCAAAGGCUUAGGAAAGAUUGUAGAUGUAGCGGCUGGUGGUUCCUUUUGUCUCAUAUGUAAUGAACAUGGUGACGCCUUUGUUUGGGGGUUUGGUUUGUUAGGACUUGGACCCAAUGUGCAGCAUGCUAAAGAGCCCAAGCAAAUACCAACACCACUGUUCGGGAGGAAUGAAUUUAAUCCCGAACAAAUGGUGACAAAUGUUGCAUGUGGUAUUGGACAUUUGGCAGCAGUAACAAAUAAUGGAGAUCUUUACAUGUGGGGUAGAAAUAGACAUGGCUGUUUAGGCUUAGGCCAUGGGAAGGACCAACAUUUUCCUCUCAAAAUAAGUAUUGGUGCUCAUGUGUUGUCAGUGGAUUGUAGUGUUGAUCAUACUAUUGCAAUGUGUCAGCCCUUUACAUAGUCAAUGUUUUUAUAUUUAUUUAAGAUAGUUAUAUCUAUAUAAUAGGUAAAA